AGUUACUUUCUGUUCUCUAUUUAUUCAAUACCACAAAUGUUCGAAGAUAUUCCCUCGCAACCUUCCCGUGGCCGUUCCACUGGGGACGUGUAUCCAACAGUUGAAGGCUUGGAGAGCGAGUUGAGUCAUAAACACGAUACUGUUAAAGAUGCUAUCCUGCAUGAACGUGUACCUCGUCUGCCUCUCAACCACCAGCCUAUCAUUGGUCUGUCGCACCAGGCCACAGAGGUUGGUAAAGUGAUUGAUGUGGUCACACAUCGUGAUGAUACCUCGUCUGAGCUACAGUAUGCACACGAUCAUCCUGCAGCUCCGUCGAAGGGGGGGCUUCAGCCAACUGGAGGGGAGCCUCGUAGAACUCCAGUGGUCCUGCCGAGCCGUGCUGAGGUGGCGGCGGCCUCUUCCGAGGAGUCCUACGACCAUUCUGCUGGUGCUGUUGUAAAGACGGUCACAUCUUAUCCGCCGAAUGGCAAGCCUGGCUACGCGAACAAGGGGGAAUUUGACCGCUUAGUGUGGGAGAAGAGCAAGGCCGAUGCAUGCCUGGGAAACCGUGAAAAUUGCACGGCACAUGAUCUCUCCCUGAUGCACAACGAGUUUAAUUUGGACAAUGCCAACAGGGUAAAGGAGUCUGGUCUGCCCUCCUGCACACUGGAGAGGGAGCAACACACGGCCCUCAUACGUGAUGAAGAUGCUCUCAAUCAUCAUCACAGAGAGCCGAUUGCCCACUUCUUCAGUAAUCCACUCGUCACCUAUGAGAACCAUGUACUCGCACAGCAGAUCUAUGCUGACAAACAGGAGACCUUCUAGGCUGUGCACGCCCCUGCUCCGACCACUCAGUGAUGGGCUACACCACUAGCAUGAUGAUCUUUUGAGAAACUAUUCAAUAACGGAUAUUCACCCUUUUCCUUUCCGUUUUUUCUCUAUCAUAAUAAUUCUGUAUGUUUUAAGUUUCUUCGAUGUCCAUGAAGGCGACCAUUUCUAUCACAAGCUGAUGUCGUCCAAAUACCACGCAACUGGAGUACUACUUCAGUGCUUCGCCAACUAUCUCAUG